UUGACAACUUCUACUAUAUACAUAAAAUAUAAAAAAUUAAAAAAAAUAAUACUUCAUAACCUACUAUUGUCGGUUCUCCGUGGAUGUUACCCACAUUAAGAUUUAGCAACAUUACUGCGACUCUUCCCGCCCGAGCUGACAAUAUUUCUGUUUCAGCUUGUCUUAGGGUUUGACCAAUCCAAGAUUUAAUGACUCGCUUUCGAUUCUUGUGUCUUCUCUCAAGAAGUCUAUGUGCUGAAAGUUGUUUGAUCCGAUCACUUCCUUGUUCACAAGAGUGCUUCAAGGAGAAAUUUUUCACUUUUAAUUCGACCACCAACUCUCACAACCUGUCUACCCCUUUGUUAAACCCUUAUUUUAUCUUUCACAGAUCAAUCCAUGCUAAUUUGGAGCAAUCGCAAGUCCUAAUCAACAAUGAUGACCAAAACCCAGAAAUUUUAACCUGUAAAAUCAUUGAAGACACUGAAAAAAUCUGCAGGUUGCUGUCCAAAAACCCCACUCCUGGUAUUCAGAGUUUACUCGAUAAGGCUUCGAUUGAGGUAUCACCUGCUUUGGUUCUUGAGGUAUUGAAGAGGUUAAGCAAUGCUGGUGUUCUUGCAUUAUCGUUCUUCAGAUGGGCAGAGAAGCAAAAGGGGUUUGUGUAUAGCACAGAGAGCUACAAUGCAUUGAUUGAAUCUUUGGGCAAGAUCAAGCAAUUUAAUAUGAUGUGGAAUUUAGUCAGUGACAUGAAGCGAAAAAAAUUGUUAUGUAAAGAGACUUUCGCAUUGAUUUCAAGGAGAUACGCGAGAGCAAGGAAAGUCAAAGAAGCAAUAGAUGCGUUUGAGAAAAUGGAGAAGUUUGGAUUGAAAAUUGAACCGUCAGAUUUUAAUAGAUUGAUUGAUACUCUGAGCAAGUCGAGGCAGGUGCAGAGCGCACAAGACGUGUUUGAUAAAAUGAAAAAGAGAAGGUUCGAGCCUGAUAUCAAGUCCUACACGAUAUUGCUAGAAGGGUGGGGUCAAGAAAAAAACCUGUUGAAGUUAGAUGAGGUUUAUAGGGAAAUGAAGGAUGAUGGUUUUGAACCUGACGUUAUAACUUACGGUAUUCUUAUCAAUGCGUAUUGUAAGGCUAAGAAGUAUGAUAUUGCAAUUGAGUUGUUCAACGAGAUGGAAGCAAAGAAGUGCCCGCCUAAUCCUCACAUUUUUUGUACUCUGAUUAAUGGAUUGGGUUCUGAGAAGAGGUUGAGUGAAGCUCUUGAGUUUUUUGAGCUUUCAAAGGCUAGAGGUUUUGUUCCGGAGGCACCAACUUACAAUGCCAUUGUGGGAGCUUAUUGUUGGUCGAUGAGGAUGGAUGACGCUUAUAAGAUAGUUGAUGAGAUGAGGAAAUGUGGGAUUGGUCCCAAUGCAAGAACUUAUGAUAUAAUUCUCCAUCAUCUGAUAAAGGCUAAGAAGACAACUGAGGCUUUUUCAGUUUUUGAGAAAAUGAGCAGCAAGGAGGGAUUUGAGCCAACUGUAAGCACCUAUGAGAUCAUAAUUAGGAUGUUCUGCAACAUGGGGAGAGUGGAUAGAGCAAUAAAUAUUUGGGAUCAGAUGAAGGCCAAGGGGAUCCUUCCUGGAAUGCAUAUGUUCUCUACAUUAGUUAACAGCUUGUGCCAUGAAGAUAAACUAGAUAUGGCGUGUAAAUACUUUGAGGAGAUGUUGGAUGUGGGUAUCCGGCCUCCAGCAGCUUUGUUUAGUAAUCUGAAACAAGCCCUUCUUGAUAAGGGCAAAAAGGAUACUGCUGUUCUUUUGGCGAAGAAAAUCGAUAAACUAAGGAAAACUCCAUUUGUUGUUUGAGAAAAGAGCUCAUCCAGUGGAUUUGGAUCUUCGGAGGACUAAGAUGAUAACAGAGUGGGACGUUGUAAUUGCUUGAAGCAUGCUAUGGCUUAAUUUAUGAAAUUGCCUUAAUCUGAUUUCUCUAGCAUUGAACAUACUUUGGUUGGCGAUUUUAGUUUUCCUAUAUGAUUGAUCAUAUUAAUGGGUUCCUACUGCCCAUCAAAGGUUGCUUGCGCAGUGCUCUACAUAUUGUGUUGGGCCGGCCAUAUCAUGUGCUUUGUUUACAGAAGUUCUCAUUUUGUUAACUAUACAGGCAUUUUUAGGAGAGAAAAGAAACACAAGGGACAGGACGCAGACUCUUUGCUGCGCAAUUUCUCACUAUUGUCUUGUUUACUGAGCUUGCUGUCCCUUUCUAGUGCUUAACGAUGGUUAUCAAUGGAGGAUC